CUUUGCAGGUGGUUCUGCCCCACAGCCCCCUUUCUGUCCUUCUGUGCCCCAUAGCCGCCCCAUAACCUCCCCGUCUGCUCUCUUUUGUGCCCCGUUUCCCCUCAGCAUCACUUUUUUUGGGGGGGUUUCUGUGUGCCCCACGGCUGCCCCACAGCCCCCCAUCCCCCUAUAGGGAAUGCUGCCUCAGGCCCCGCCCCCUGCCUUCAGACCACGCCCCUUCCAUCCGGCCACGCCCACUUCCCACCACUCCCCGCUUCCCAUUGGUGCUCCGUCCGCCCACCCGUCGCCGAUCAGUGACGUCACCGCGCCGCGCGCAUCGCAGGCCCCAUCCCCCAGAGCGGCGGUGUCGGGGCUGCCCCGCGCCGCGCCGGUCCCGGUUUGCGGAUAAUGGCGGGGCCGUGCCCGCUGGUGGAGGACAGCUGCAGCCGCCUCCCGUCGCAGAGCAACGUGUACGGGCUGGCGGCGCUGCCCGGAGGCGGGGGGCUGCUGGCGGCCACGCUGAAGGGCAAAGUGCUGCACUUCCGCUACCAACACCUGCGGCACAAACUGCGGCCCGUGGCGCGAGAGCUGCAGUUCACCUACAUCCCGGUGGAUGCAGAGAUCGUCUCCAUCGGCUGCUUCCAGAAAUCGGCCCCAAAACGGGGACUGGUGGUGGGCAUCACCUUCAUUAAGGACUCCGGGGACAAACCCAGCCCCUUCCUCAACAUCUACUGCGACUACGAGCCGGGCUGCGAGUUCGACCUCGACUCAGUGGCGCAGAGCUGCCUCAACCUGGAACUACGCUUCACCCCCCUGCAGCUGUGCCACGCUGAGGUCCGCGUUGGGGACAGAUGUGACACCGUGUUCCUGCUGAGCGGCACCGACCCCGGGAUCCAUCUGUACAGGGAGAAUGAGGGGCUGCAUCAGUUCGAGGAGCAGCCGGUCCAUGAACUCUUCCCGGAGCUGCAGGAGCUGCCCAGCAGCGUGCUGUGGUUGGAUGUCUGUGCCGUGCCGGCGUCGCGGCGCCGUCUCACCGCCGUGGGCUGUCAGAGCGGCUACGUCCGUGUGGCACACGUGGACCAGGACACGCGUGCGGUGCUGCAGAGCUGGAGCAUCCAGCAGGACGGCCCCAUCUCCACCGUGCUGCUCUUCCCCCUGGAGGAGCCGGACGACGAUGGGGACGACGUGGGGGGACAACGUGGGGACGACGUGGGGGGACAACGUGGGGACGACGUGGGGGGACAACGUGGGGACAUCGAUGUGGGGCCACUAACGCCCGGCCCGGAGCCCAACCCUCACUACAGCCUGCUGGUGGCCAGCACCAUCGAGAUGUCGGUGGUGUACCGGUGAGUGCGCGUCCCUCUGUCCGUCCCCGUGUCCCCACGUCUGUCCUUGUGUCCAUCCCCGUGUCCACACGUACUCACCAAGCAGAGUGUCCCCACAUCCACCCCCACGUCCAUCCUCGCGUCCCCA